ACUAAACCAGAUUCCCUGUUUUGUUGCUCAAUAACGAGGGAUAAUUCAAGUGCUUAGAGCUUCCCUCCCGAUUCCAGGAGAUUCUGGGAUCGAUUCUCACCCCUGCCCUUAUGGCUCUCUAAAAAAACCAAAAAAAAAAAAAAAAAAAAAAAAAAAAGGAUCAUACUUUCCUGAAUGUACCUAAUAUCAGCCGAACUUGGGUUUAUUGACGAAUUUAACAAACUCCCUUGAAAGUUAUUGACUUAAGGCUAAGGGUGUUUAAAGAACAAAGAGAGGGUCCGACUGUCCGAGAGUAUUGUUUGUUGUAUUAUAUGGGAGUCCAAUUAUGCUAUUAACUAAGUGGAAAAAAUUGAGAGGAAAAAACUUAAAACCUAUGCAUUUCUUAUAAACUGGAACUUUAACACUAAUCUUUUGAAAUUCUAAAAUACAUUAGCCUUUUAAGUAUGGGUUGGUAGAUGACUUGUGGUGAAUCAUUGAUCAAAGAUUUUAUUUUAUCGUAAUGAAUAUUUUAGGUGUUAUGAAUAUAUAUAGGGGUAGUGGAAAAUUUUCUUAACCUACAAUGGGCAAAUUAAUUUUCACCCAAAAAAAAAGGUCAAAUUAGUUACAAAACACAACGAUUUGGGUUCUGGUUUCUCCCAUUAGUUAUUAGACCAAAUUAUCAAAUCGGGCCAAAUCCAAAUUAAAGAGAUCCCCAUAAUAAUCAAAGUCCCCUUCUAUCAAAUCUUUCUCUCACUUCUUCUCUUGGGAACUUUUAGUUGUUGAAAAAUGAACUUGCUGGAAAAAUUACCAAGAAUGCAGAGGAAAGAACCCCAGAAGUUGCAGAAGGUUGAAGAAGUGGGCCCUGUUUGGUGGGUUGAAACCUCCGAGAACAUCUCCCGCCAUUUUCAAUUUGACCCAGAUGGUCGUUUCUCUGUAAAAAUGCUUGAGGAUUCAAGACCUGUGGUUAAAAGGGUGACUGAAUCCUUCCUCAAUACAUUCUUUCCCUCUGGUUAUCCAUAUAGUGUGAAUGAGGGUUAUGGGAGAUAUACGCAAUUUCGAGCUCUACAACAUUUUACCAGUGCAGCAUUGUCUGUUCUCUCGACUCAGUCCCUGCUAUUUGCUGCAGGCUUACGGCCAACACCUGCUCAAGCAACUGUAGUUAGCUGGGUACUGAAAGAUGGUAUGGAGCACGUUGGAAAGCUAAUUUGCAGCAAUCUUGGUGCUAGGAUGGAUUCAGAACCAAAGCGGUGGAGAAUUUUUGCUGAUGUUCUGUAUGACUUCGGCACUGGCUUGGAAGUUUUGUCUCCAAUAUGUUCUAUUUCCACUGGAAUUUUAUCUCAUUUUGCAUGAUAGGGAAUGGCUACUGUUGCUGCUAGAGCCACGAGAUUGCCACUAUAUUCUUCAUUUGCAAAAGAAGGAAACCUCAGUGAUCUCGUUGCUAAAGGGGAGGCCUUAUCGACGCUCUUCAAUGUAAUUGGAAUGGGGGCAGGAAUCACACUAGCAUCCACUGUGUGCUCAUCCAUUCAAGGAAAGGUUAUUGCUGCACCCCUUCUUUCAGUUUUGCAUGUAUAUAGUGUUGUAGAAGAAAUGAAAGCUGUUCCUGUCAACAUAUUAAAUCCUCAAAGAACCGCUUUGCUAGUUGCUGAUUUUCUGAAGAUGGGUAAGAUAUCAACUCCUGCUAACCUCAGAUACAAGGAAGACCUACUAUUCCCAGGGCGUCUCAUAGAAGAUGCCGGAAAUGUUUUAGUUGGAAGAGCUCUGCACAAGGCUACCAAACCAUCAGCAUUCCUAAAAUGGAAAGAAAUAUUUCCGGAAGAAAAGUUUGUUUUAAGCCAAAAUAACAACUGGAUCGACAUGGUGCUAGAGCAAAAUGCGACUGGAGAAGAUGCUAUAAGAGGGUGGUUAGUUGCUGCAUAUGCUUCAAAUAUCGAGCAAUCUUAUUACGAUGGUCUUAGCCCCAGUGUAUUGCUUGAGGCUUACGAGAAAAUGGAGAGCGUGUUCCCCCAAUUUCUAUCUGAACUGCAGGGUAAAGGAUGGCAUACAGAUCAUUUUCUUGAUGGAACGGGGAGCCGUUUUAUAUCUCAGUUAUCUCCAAUAUUUUGCUAAUAACCCUUUGAUGUCUGCCUUUAUUUUAUUUUAUUUAUUCAUAAGGGAUAAAAUUUGGCUUAUUAUGUACGAAGUACUCUCUUAAUCUCUUAUCCCUUUCCGAUCUUUACUUUUUGCUAGAUUUAUUGUUAGGGUGUUAUUCAUACUAUUACUGGUACAUGAAAAUUUGUCAUAAUAAAUUUUUUUUGCAACA